UUUCCUGACAUUUUCAUCCGGUGUUACGCGCGUGUCAAAAUGCUUCGAACGAGAUUACAGCCGAGACGUCACUAAUGUCAAAGCUGCUGUUGCAGUUGCUGUCCAAACUGCGGCAAGGGACUGUCGUUUCUGUCACAUGGCCGAUACGUUGGAUCCGCAGCGGAAAAAUAUGGCGAGUGCGUUCGUGACCGCGGCCGGUGAGACAGCACGGGAGGACGACGAGCGGCAGAUUCGCCAACUUCAAGUUGAAUUUGCGCUCGUGCCCGGCACGACUGGCGAUCAAUUUCAGAAAGAUUUUCCAGCCUACGCCGACGGACUGGUUGGCUCAUCUCCCGGUGGCUAUGUCGCCCUGCCGGAAUACCCCAAGAAAGCCGAAACCGUUUACAACUUGAAGCCCAGAGCAGACGACGUCUACGUUCUCACCUUCCCGAAAUGCGGAACAACUUGGAUGCAAGAACUUGUCUGGCUGGUUGUCAACGAUUGCAACUUUGAAAAGGCUAAAGCGCCUCUCAACAUCCGAUCGCCCUUUUUAGAAAUGAAUUACAUGCUACCAAAAGUCUUGACGGAUAAAUACGAGAGAGACGCGAUUGUUUUUCAGACGGGCAUCCCGGGCAUUUCGAAAUUCCUGGAAAUUCUUGAUUACUGGAAUUUGAGGGACGUCCUGAGACCCCACGUCAAGAAACUAGUCAACAGGAUCUGCGGCCACGUAAUGCGCGACGUUGAGGAAAUGGAACAAAUGACUGAGCCUCGCAUCAUCAAGAGCCACCUGCCUCUCUACCUGCUCAAUCCAAAGCUGCUGGACACCAGUAAGGUGGUCUACGUUGCACGAAAUCCCAAAGACGUCCUCGUCUCAUACUUUCACUAUCACAGGUUGAUUCACUUUCACCAGUUCACCGGCGACCUAGAGUCCUUUGCCGACUAUUUCAUGUCCGACAAAGUUUACGCUUCGCCGUUUUUUCCUCACUUGCUGGACGCCUGGAGCAAACGCCAUCACCCAAAUUUGCUUUUCGUUUUCUACGAAGAUUUGAAACAGAAUUUACGAGGAGAAAUCGAAAAGGUUGUCAGUUUUCUUGGCAAAUCUCUGACCGAAGAGCAACUCACCAGGCUGACCCAACAUUUACGCGUCGAUCAGUUCGCCAAGAAUGAAGCCGUCAACUAUGAAAUUUGUAAGGAGUUGGGCUUCAUGAACAACACCGGAAAUUUCAUCCGCAAAGGGAAAACUGGCGACUGGAAGAAUCACUUUUCUCCCGAAUUGAACGCUCGAAUUGAUCUGUGGAUUGAAUCGAAUUUGAAAGGCAGCGACCUGACGUUCAUCACUGAAUUAGACCAACAAGAUUGAUUGAUUCCAUUUUUAAUUCAGUAUACACACCUAUCACAUUUCUGCUCAUCUCAGCCCAUCAAUUGGCUUUUUUUUAGGUCCUUAUUCCCUUGAUUGAGCGGGAAAUCAAGUCAGAACCACACACCAAACCAAUACACGCAUAUUCAUUAUAUAA